GGACCAGGAGUCAGAAAACAAUAACCGACAUAUAUGAUCGACUGGUGUUUGGUGGGCGGCUAGGUGGUCAAACGAACCUUGUAUCUUCCUUCCUAAGACAUCCUAAAACAAGAGGAAGCCAAGUCAGAGUUGUUGCUGUUGGAAUCGAAUUCUGCAUUAAAACCCCCUUCAUCUCUCAAAUCAAUUCUCCCUGCAUAAACUGCUAAUUUAAGGCUUCAUGGACACCUUCUACAUAUCGCACGGAUCCCCCACCCUCUCCAUCGACGAAUCGCUGCCGGCCAGGCACUUUCUCAAGUCAUGGAAGGAGAAGGUCAUGGGGCAGAGGCCCACUUCCAUUCUUGUGAUUUCUGCCCACUGGGAGACCCACGAACCCACCGUCAACGUCGUCCCCCAAAACGACACCAUCUAUGAUUUCUACGGCUUCCCCAAAUCCAUGUAUAAGCUCAAAUAUCCUGCUCCUGGGGCUCCAGAGUUGGCAAAGAGGGUGAAGGAAUUGCUCAUGGCAUCCAACUUCAAGUCUGUGAAAGAAGAUAAAAAACGGGGGCUUGAUCACGGGGCAUGGGUCCCCCUCAUGCUUAUGUACCCAGAAGCGGAUAUCCCAGUGUGCCAGCUCUCCGUUCAGACAAACAGGGAUGGAAGUUAUCACUACAACAUGGGGAGGGCAUUGGCCCCUCUCAGGGAGGAAGGCGUCCUCAUCAUUGGUUCUGGAAGUGCCACUCACAAUCUGAGGGCCCUCAAUCCCAAUAGUGAAUCGGUUGUGCCUUGGGCAUAUGAGUUUGAUACCUGGUUGAAAGAAGCUCUCCUUGAUGGAAGAUAUGAAGACAUAAAUCACUAUGAAGAGAAGGCACCGCAUGCCAGAGAGGCCCACCCAUGGCCGGAACACUUCUAUCCAUUGCAUGUAGCCAUGGGUGCUGCUGGCGAAAAUGCAAAGGCCAAACUCAUCCACCAUAGCUGGAGCCUCGGUACUCUCUCUUAUGCCUCUUACCAGUUCACAACAACAGCCACCUGAAAUUUCCAUCAUCAAAUCUUGCUGUUCUUCGGUCCUUCCUUCGUGAAUAAGUACACUCUGUUACUGACAUGUUAAUUCAUCCCUGCUUGUAUGAUUAAUAUAUAGCAACCAUUAUAAGAUUGAAACAUGUUAUUGGAAUUGUCAUUCUUAUAAGUUGGUAUUUACGUUUGAUGUUCAUUCAACCUCAUUGAAAAAAAUAAUUUUUCUUAGCA